UUCUGUCCGGACAGAGUCGUGGAUGCAUAGGGGAAGUCUGUGUGAGAUGGCGGUCGACUGUGGGACCGAUUAGAGCUCUGUACAGUGGCGUGUUAGUUAAUUUUUGCCUUAUCGUACGCCUGCUUGUGGCCCCAGUCAUGGAGGGCGGUAAGCCGAGCCUGGCCUUGGUCUACCAGGCGGUCCAGGCUCUGUACCACGACCCAGACCCGUCGGGGAAGGAGCGAGCUUCAGUGUGGCUAGGGGAGCUUCAGAGAUCGAUGUACGCCUGGGAAAUCUCUGAUCAACUUCUUCAGCUCAAACAAGAUGUUGAGUCCUGCUACUUUGCUGCUCAGACCAUGAAAAUGAAGAUCCAGACGUCAUUCUUUGAACUCCCACCUGAGACCCACAAUGCCCUGCGUGACUCACUUCUAACCCAUAUCCAAAGUCUGAAAGACCUGUCACCGAUCAUUGUCACCCAGCUGGCCUUAGCCAUUGCAGAUCUUGCUCUUCAGAUGGCUACAUGGAAAGGAUGUGUUCAUACACUAAUAGAAAAGUACAACAACGACAUCAGCUCAAUGCCCUUUCUGAUAGAGAUUCUCACUGUGCUUCCUGAGGAAGUCCACAGUCGCUCUUUAAGAAUUGGAGCAAACCGUCGGACGGAGAUUAUUGAAGAUUUAGCUUAUUAUUCAAGCACAGUUGUAACUUUGCUGACUUCCUGUGUGGAGAAGAGUGGUGAUGAUGAGAAACUGUUAAUCAAAGUGUUUCGUUGCUUGGGAAGCUGGUUUAACCUCGGUGUUCUUGAUAGCAACUUUAUGGCCUCUAAUCAACUGUUGAUGGUGCUCUUCCAAGUGCUGCAGAGGGAUGAGACCUCGACUAACCUCCAUGAAGCAGCGUCCGAUUGUGUUUGUUCUGCUCUCUACGCCAUAGAGAAUGUGGACACCAACAUGGCUCUUGCGCUACAGCUUUUUCAAGGUGUUCUUACUCUAGAAACGGCCUAUCACAUGGCAGUGGCCAGAGAAGAUCUGGACAAGGUAUUGAACUACUGCAGAAUCUUUACAGAACUUUGUGAAACAUUUUUGGAAACAACUGUCAGGAGUCCUGGUCAGGGAAUGGGGGAUCUUAGGACCUUGGAACUACUGUUGAUUUGUGCAGGACACCCACAGUAUGAGGUGGUGGAGAUCUCCUUUAACUUUUGGUACCGUCUUGGAGAACAUCUAUAUAAGAUCAAUGAUGUGGCCCUUCACAGUAUUUUUAGGCCUUAUAUUCAGAGAUUGUUGCACUGUUUAGCUCGACACUGUCAGCUGGACCCUGAUCAUGAAGGAAUCCCAGAAGACACGGAUGACUUUGGAGAGUUCAGAAUGAGGGUCUCUGAUUUAGUUAAAGAUGUUAUUUUUCUUGUGGGCUCCAUGGAAUGCUUUGCACAGUUAUAUUCCACACUAAAACAAGGGAAUCCACCUUGGGAAGUAACUGAGGCUGUUCUUUUCAUAAUGGCUUCAAUUGCCAAAAGUGUAGAUCCUGAAAACAACCCUACUUUGACAGAGGUUCUUGAGCAAGUAGUAUUGCUUCCAGAAAAUGUGCAUAUGGCAGUUCGAUAUACUAGCAUAGAGCUGGUUGGAGAAAUGAGUGAAGUGGUGGACAGGAACCCCCGUUUUCUUGAUUCAGUUUUAAACUACCUUAUGAAAGGUCUAAGAGAAAAACCUCUAGCCUCAGCUGCAGCCAAGGCAAUCCACAAUAUCUGCUCUGUGUGCAGAGAUCACAUGGCUCAACACUUCCAAGGACUGCUGGAAAUAGCACGUUCUCUUGACUCUUUUGCUCUGUCAACAGAAGCUGCAGUUGGCCUGCUCAAGGGUACUGCACUUGUUCUGGCUCGUCUUCCAUUAGAGAAAAUUGCUGAGUGUCUCAGUGACUUAUGCACUGUUCAGGUUAUGGCGCUGAAAAAGCUUCUAGUAGAAGGAUCAGCCAAUGGUAAAUCAGCAGACCCUACUGUAUGGCUAGAUAGACUUGCUGUUAUUUUCAGACACACAAACCCUAUAGUGGAAAAUGGGCAAACACAUCCCUGUCAGAAAGUUAUCCAGGAGAUCUGGCCUGUUCUGUCAGAAACUCUAAACACUCAUCAGGCUGAUAAUAGAAUAGUGGAGCGAUGCUGUCGCUGUCUUCGAUUUGCUGUGCGAUGUGUUGGAAAGGGUUCUGCAUCUCUGUUGCAACCUCUUGUCACCCAGAUGGUGAGCGUGUACCAAGUGCAUCCGCACUCGUGUUUCCUGUACCUUGGAAGCAUCCUGGUGGAUGAAUAUGGAAUGGAGGAGGGAUGCAGACAGGGUUUACUUGAUAUGCUGCAGGCUCUGUGUAUGCCAACAUUUCAGCUAUUGGAACAGCCUAAUGGUUUGAGAAAUCACCCCGAUACUGUAGACGAUCUGUUCAGACUGGCUACAAGGUUUGUCCAGCGAAGUCCUGUCACUUUACUAAGUAGUAGUAUCGUGGUCCACAUUAUUCAGUGUGCCAUUGCAGCCACUUCCUUGGAUCACAGAGAUGCUAACUGCAGUGUCAUGAAGUUUGUUCGAGACUUCGUACAUAGUGGAGUUGCAAAGGAUCAUGAAGAAGAUUUUGAAGUGAGGAAGCAGCUGAUUGGUCAGGCUAUGGAGCAGCAUGGUCAGCAGCUGGUCACUCAGCUGGUGCACUCGUGUUGUUUCUGUCUACCCCCAUACACACUGCCAGACGUCGCAGAAGUGCUAUGGGAAAUCAUGUUUUUUGACCGACCGACUUUCUGUCGUUGGCUAGAAAAUGCUCUGAAGGGUUUACCGAAAGAGACAGCAGGAGGAGCUGUAACGGUCACGCACAAGCAACUUACUGAUUUCCAUAAACAAGUCACCAGUGCUGAGGAAUGUAAACAGGUGUGCUGGGCCAUCAGAGAGUUCACCCGGCUCUUUCGAUAGCUGUGUGAAUAACAUCAGGUUAUUUUUCCGUUUGCUGACAUUAAGUGAGCAAUUCUGCUAAAGCAGAGGAGAAACCCAAAGGGACCCAGUCACAAGGGAGGCUGGACAUUGAAUGUGACAUCAAUGAAUCGCUCUCAAAUGGACUAAUGGGUGAUGAUCAGCCCCCUGUACCCACUAACACCACCUCCCGCUCAAGCCUCAACUGCAGCAGGCGCUUGGGUGGGUUGGACUUAAAGUCGACACGGUUAAGUUCAGUGGGCAGAGAACUGAUUAAACAGGAUGUGCCUGUCUACAGUUUUUAAAAAAAAUAGAUGAUUUAUUUUUGUCUUAUAAACUUGUCAAGUUGCUUAUGUUGUGCCAUACAAAAGAGCCAAAUCAAUCCCCUAAUGCUCUUUGGCUAAUCAGGUGAUGUUCACCUGGAGAGAUGAAAAUCCCAGAAAAGGCUCACUGUUGGUUCGGCAUCACCUUUGACCUUUUUAAAGUUGUCUUAUUUUAAUUUUAUCACAAAGUUAAGCCGUGACAGGGUGAAAUCUAGAAAAUAACAUCACUGGUGAUUUAAUCUUGUUAUCAACAAUAAAACAAGUAAAACAAGA